UUUCCUGAAGUAGUCUUUCUGUCUCUUUCCUCAUAUUCUAUCUGUCUCAGCUUGAACACAGUACACGAGCGAGUUGUCAUCAGCGUUGAGCUAAACAGUGUGAAUUUAUGGUUAAAUACUCAAAUUGAUGGUCAGAACAUGUGAGGUCGGCGAGAUACACUUGGUUCAUCUGACUUUGAUAGUGUAAAUCAACAUUAAAUGUUAUUUGACAGAGAUUUUUACUUUUUUAUAAAGUUAACAUUUUAUAAAAUAAGCUGUUUGAGGAGCGCAUGGAUAAUGUCAUUCCCACAUCAAUCAUGGCGUUAUUGCUUUCAUAAAGGCAAUCCUCUGUGAAUACGGGCCCUUGCACUUAAGCUUCUCCUUGCUCAGCUACAUCGUUGUAUUAUGCACAAUAAUUACUCGAAUUAACACCCCGCUGCAUGCACGAGGAAAUUUAAAACAUGUAAAUAACUAAAUGCUACCUUUAGGACCCUGCGGAACGUUUAAAUAUCCAGUCAUGAGACCACGCGCAAUCCCUGUAUUAGCUCACAUUUGGGGAGAGAUUUCUUAUCUGUUUUUAUCUCUCUCCAAUGUGUUGCUGCAUGAGGAUGUCCCUGUUUCCUCCUAUCGCUUGUCCUGCUCUUGUUCAAGUCCCCACAGAGUCACCAAAACUCCACACACAGAGAGGGUGUGCUAAAACAUCUCCUGGUCCCGCGGAAUAUUCGGGCUGAGUGUGCGCCUACAUCAAUCGGAGUGUCCAAGUGCGUAAUCUCUCCAGCCAUCUCCGCUGAACAAUCAGAGUCUCGCUGUGUAGGGGAAUGAGAAGAGGAUGCGUGACGGAGCUACGGUCGAAGAUAUUCUCCGCGCAAGGGCUAAUUGGUGUUAUUUAUGCUCAUAGCGAGUUUCUGGAGCGAGUUCAUAGAAACAUAGGCAUUAUUAUCGUAUUAUAAGUUUUUUUGGUUGCUGUUGUUGCUGUGGUUAUCAUCCUGUCCAGGUGUAGGAAUCCAUUCCCUCAAGUUGGAUAUUGAGAGUGACAGAGGAGAGAAGAUAAACUGGUUGAAUACAAAACGGACAAAUUAAACAACAAAAAAAGACAAAUUUUACAGUGUUCUGGCUAAAUAGGCCAAUGAAGAAGAUAUUGGCUCCCUAUGUUUGAAGGGGAUAUUGCGCUUUCGUCACCUGCGAUGAUAAUGAAGAGACGAGUGGCGGAUUUAUGACCUGCAUCUCAUUGGACAUGAAGGCAAAAAAUACUCACGUUUCCUUUCUUGCAAACCAAGCUCCCCAGACACUGAUCAGUCAUUUCUUUUAAGGUGGCGAAAAUCUCCAAUCUGAUCCUGUCUACCUGGAGAGAAAAAAAAAGAAAUGUGGCACAGCAAUUCAGUGGAGAUUGACAAGCGGGCUGGACAUCUCUUAAACCGCUGCAUUUAGUCAGCUCGUUUAACUCGUGGGUCAUCAACUUUUGGGAUCCCCUUUUCUCCGAACUCAUCACAUUAAGAUUAACACGCGCAUCUUAAAGAGGAUCCUGUGGUCACUCGCGAACUUGUUGAACGCUUAAAAAGACGGGACCCUUAGUCCUGCGAAACGAAAGGAAAAUUUUAAAAUCAUAUGGGUGCCUGGCCAGACCGUGGAGGAAAGGACGCGAAGGAACGGAAGAAAAAAAGCUGCGGGAGCAUGAUGAUUGACAGGAAACAGAGCUGAGAGGCCUGCCAGUCAUCGCACAGACGGAGAGACAGAGAGAUAGCGAGGUCGCUGCUCCGCGGAGUCAAAGAGGCGUUCUCUCCAGCACCCUCCUCCCCUCCUGAAACCCCCUUUUGUCCGCCCCGCUCUUGUCCCUCUCCUCCCUCCUGUUUCCCCUUUCCUGUUUAUCAGACGAACCAACCGGGGACCCCCCCUUGACCUGCCUUCAUCCCUCCCCGUCAAGACCAACGUCUGCCGGAGAGAUAACCCCUAACCCUAACCUUAUCUAGCCGGGGGUUAGACGGAGCAGAGCGCCAUCCAUCCGAAAAAGCAGCUCUUUCCCGUACGGCUGCCACCACCACCACCACCUUCUCCUCCUCUCACCUCUCUCCGUUUUGCCUGCCUCUCUGCCUCAAAGCCUGGAACAGCAGGUUGGCAUGCAGCCACGGCACCUCAGCCUCAGUAAAGGUUGGAUUAUUUUGUAAGCCCGGGCCCAAAGCUCUUUCCUCCACACCGAGGGGGAAAUAGAGACAAGGAAGGGAUACCACGUUUAACAAAAGAAAAGGGUGAAGCAGCGAGAGAAAAAAAAAGAAACACGGAGAAAAAGAGAAAAGGACCCAGUCAUCAACAGCAUCUCAGUGGGUACGUACACAAAGGGGAGCAGCCAUGCGUUUCCCUGUGCUGUUGACACUGCAGGCUAUAUGGGGGAGCCUGUGCCACGCCAUGCAACACUACCAGGCUACCUGGGGACACUACGACAUGUGCAAGUCGCAGGUGUACACGGACGAGGGCCUCACCUGGGAUUACAUGGCCUGCCAGCCCGAGGCGGCCGACAUGACCAAAUUCCUGAAGGUGACCUUGGACCCGCCCAACAUCACCUGUGGGGACCCGCCCGAGACUUACUGCGCCCUGGAAAACCCCUACAUGUGCAACAAUGAAUGUGACGCCAACACGGACGAGCUGGCCCACCCGCCCGAGCUGAUGUUCGACACGGAGGGCCGCAACCCCUCCACCUUCUGGCAGUCCUCCUCCUGGAAGUGGUACCCCAAAAAGCUGUUGGUCAACAUCACCCUCUCCUGGAACAAGACCAUCGAGCUGACGGACGACAUCAUCAUCACCUUCGAGUCGGGCCGCCCCGAGCAGAUGGUGCUGGAGAAGUCGCUGGACUACGGUCGCAGCUGGCAGCCAUACCAGUUCUACGCCACCGACUGCCUGGAGGCCUUCACCAUGGAGGCCAAGACGGUGCAGGACAUUACGCAGAACACCCUGCUGGACAUCAUCUGCACCGAGGAGUACUCGCGCGGCUACGUGUGGAAGAACGACAAGACGGUGCGCUUCGAGAUCAAAGACCGCUUCGCCCUGUUUGCCGGGCCGCGCCUCCACAACAUGGCCUCGCUCUACGGCCAGCUGGACACCACCAAGAACCUGCGCGACUUCUUCACCGUCACCGACCUGCGGAUCCGCCUGAUGAGGCCCGCCACUGGCGCCACCAUGGUGGACGAGAGCAACCUGUCUCGCUACUUCUACGCCAUCUCCGACAUCAAGGUUCACGGCAGAUGCAAGUGCAACCUUCACGCCAACAGCUGCGUGUUUGAUAAGGACAAGCUGGCUUGUGAGUGUGAGCACAACACUACAGGGCCCGACUGUGGCCGCUGUAAGAGGAGCUACCAGGGCCGGGCUUGGAGUGCCGGCUCCUAUCUCCCCAUUCCCAAGGGCACUGCCAAUAUCUGUAUUGCCAAUAGUAUUGGUCCAGUUAUUCGCCAGAAUGUCUCAUCCCUAGGGGUUGCUAACCGAAACCAAGACUGUAAUUGUAAUCCCUUUGGCUCAGACAGUGAUCGCUGUAAUGACACAGGAUUUUGUAAGUGUAAGGAGGGAGCCACAGGGCCUAAGUGUCACGAAUGUCUGCCGGGAUAUUUGUGGGACAAUGGCUGCAAAUCUCGCGUGUGCGACAACGAGAUGCUCCGUUGCCAGAACGGAGGCGCGUGCCUGAACAACCUGCGCUGCCAGUGCCCGUCCGGCUUCACCGGCCUGCUGUGCGAGAAGGCCCAGUGCGAGAACGAGGCCGGCGGCUGCAGCGGCGGCCCUGACUCCGGGGCUCCGUCCGCGCUCGCCCACCACCCGGCCCUGGCGGCCCUGCUGCUGCCGCUGGCGCUCACCCUGGCCCCCGUCCUCCUGGGAGAAGCCUGCUGGGCCUCCUCCGUCUGAACGAGAACAUCCCCUCUUCCCCUCUCCUCUCCUCUUCUCAGUGCACAAAACUCCCCCCCACCCCAUCCAACCAACCACCAACACCAACACCACCACAACGUCCAUGAAGCCACCCCCCCCAAACUGUCUGAAGACUAGAGAAUGCCAGAGAAACGUUCAGCUUCCUGUAUGAACUCUGCACUAGACUCUGCCCUGUACCCCGACCCCUAAGCCCCCACCCCCCCCUCAGCUGCCCCGACCUUGCCCUCACCCCCUCUCAAGGACAUAUGGCUUUUGAUUAAGGUAUGUGCCAGAAUUGCAAGGAAAUUGGUAAAGAAGUGGUCUUAAAAGAUACAAAUAAAUAAAUAUAUAUAUGAAAGAAAACUAAGAAAAUCUAUGACUAGAUGAAUAAAGAGUAAUUAAUAUAAAUGUAAAAAAAAAGUAUUUAUUAAAAAAAUAUAUUGAUCAGAGUACCAGAAUCGAUUUGCGAAUUUACAAAUCGUGGCGACGGCGAAACAUUUUCAAACUGAUCGUAAGCUUCACAAAGCGCAGACUGUUCACUCAACGGACACCAGUGGACUAAGCCAUAUCAGAUACUCAACCCCUGUUAUGCCAACUGCCCACCCCCAAACUCAACCAAGAUGGAAGGGACUGAAAAGGACUCACCCGAUCCCCCCCCUCAAUCACCACGGCUACGGGAGCUGCAAUCAGCACGCAGCUAACUUGCUAACAAAGCCAGCUGCUACCCCUGCUUUGAGGUACUUUUUUUUUGGGCUGGCCUGGAUAGCUUUAGGGCUACCCUGACAUGGAUGGAGCUUCAAUAUGGUGAACUGUCCAGCUUGAAAGGACUGGUAUUUGGGAAAGAAAAAAAGAAACGGAUGAAUGAAAGGAGAAAGGGGAGAAAAAAACAAAUACAGACUCAUCAAGGAAACUUUAGCAUUCUUUGCUGUCAGUGUGUUGUGGACUUAAGGAAAUUCAUCCAGACUACCACAUGAUCUCGAGUACAAAUGAAAAUUAAAAAAGAAAGAAAUUCCCCCCUUCUUCUCUUCUCUCUUUCUUACUCUCUCUGUCCCUCUCUCUCUCUUUCUCUCUCUCUCUCUCUCUCUAUCCCUCUCUCUCUCUCUCUCUCUCUUUUUUCAUUCCCCAUUUCCAUGCUACCACUUGUACAUCCCUCUAACCCUACCCGUCACUGAUCUGUGCUUUUGUGAACGUUACUCUGUAACCCCUGUUAACUUUUCUUCUUUUAUUUUCGAUGUUUUGUUUUCUUUUAUUGUUUUGCUUUGGUUUGUUUUGAUUCUUGGUCCAAUGUUAGUGACGCACAUGUGUAAAAGCCUACCCCACCCCACCCCCCAAUUCCCAUUCCUGCCCCACCCCAGGAGUAUAUUCAACAAGCAAGCCGUAUGCUUAUUUGAACUUUUUAAGGCACUGCGUUACCGGAGGCUGUGGUGGCCACUGCGCGUGUUCACUUAAGCAGAUAACAUGCUAAGAGGAAGAAAAAAUGAAAUAAAAUCAUCUGUGUAUUUAAUUUUUGUAUGGGAAAAAAGAAGUUAUUUUCUUGACAGAGCAAAGAUAACGUAGAACAUAUACUUUUUUGUAUCAUUAUGGCAUUGUGUUCAAGGGCAACUUGUUUGAGUGUUUGACCAAGGUGUAGACGGAAUGCGAAAUAAGCAUUUUUUUCUUCAUUCGGUUGUUUUUGGUUCUUUGGUUUGUUUCGGUUUCUUUCUUCUUGAGGUUGUGCAGAGUUUCCUCGGUAUUGGCAAAGUGCUGGCAUCAAAGAAUAUCAGUUUACAUAUAUACUAAAGUGUAAUAAAAAUCCCACCAAAGGACAUUCUAAAUGUUUUCUUGUUGCUUUAACACUGGAGAUUUAAGUGAAUAAAAGUUUAAAAAAAGAACUGUUUUAGAGGUGCUCAAAGAGUCUGUUUGCUGAUCAUUUGAGAUGUCAUCAUACUAGAGGAAUAAAUAAUGUGAUACUUAAAUUGUUUAUUUGUAGUACAAUCCUGUAGUAGUUCAGUGUGGUAGUGAUAAUGUUAUGUUAUCAGCACAUUGCGACAUCAAAGAGUUUGUCUGAUUCUACUGGUACAGCGAUGGUGGUCCGCAUUUGGAACAUACAAUAUUGCUACAAUAACGCAUGACACAACAAUACAUCAUUACACAGUUUGUCAUAAUUCAAUAUACAUGUCAUGUUUUCAUUUGAUAUAAAACAAGCUUUGCAGGUUA